UUGGACUUCCCCCCGCUCCAUCAACCAAAAGGCCCUGUUUGGCCUUUCAUUCUGAUUGAUCAGCCAUGGGCAUGGAAGCAUUGAGUGUGCACGAAUAUGUCUUUGCAGUCUGGAAAUUGGUUAUUCGUCCGCCGAGACGUCGCUACACACGUCUGGAGCUUUGUGGCCAGUUUGCCAACAGGUUCCGUGUGGGCAAUGUGGUGGUCAGCCGCACCAACUAUGAGAUCACCAAUCAGCGCGGGCAUACUUUGGUUUGCACCCUCUUUGAACCUGAAACGAGGAGACCUGAGCAGGGGGAUGAGAAAGCUUGCGUGGUCUUUUGUCAUGGCAACGCUUGUUGCCGUUUGGAUGGAUUCAUGCAGGUUCAUUGCUUUCUGCCUCUGAACAUUGCGGUUUGCUGCUUCGACUUCUCAGGUUCAGGUAUGAGCGGUGGUGAGCACGUCUCGCUGGGCUUCUUUGAACGUGAUGAUCUGGCGGCGGUGAUCCAAAAUCUUCGUGAACGCCGUGGCUACACCAGAGUCGGCGUUUGGGGCCGCUCUAUGGGCGCUACCACCGCGGUGCUCCACAGCGCUCGUGAUCCGUCCCUUGCCGGUGUGGUGGCGGAUAGCCCGUUCAGUGACCUGUGGAAGUUGAUGCAAGAGAUCGUGAACAACAAGCUUCGCUUACCAAGUGCGAUGUUCCGUCCCGUCUUCGAAGGGAUCCGGUUGGCCAUCCAGCAGCAGGCAAGCUUCGACAUUUGCGAGGUUUCUCCGUUGAAGCACUUGGAGAGCUGCUUUUUGCCGAUCUUCCUGAUGCAUGGCGAAGCGGACGCCUUUGUGCAACCUCACCAUUCAGAGCUCCUGCGGAAUGGUUGGCAGGGCGAGGCGACACGGGUGACCAUGCCGAACACCGAGCACAAUGAUCACCGAGAAGAGAAGUUCCUUGCCCGCGCAGCGCUCUUCAUGGUCCGGGCACUCCGUUGGGAGAGCUUCCUGGAUACCAUGGCAUUGGAGGCCUUGACCAAAGGACUCCUCCCGACGACCACCAAUAUAUCCAACGUCCAGUCCAAGAUGAAUGGCUCCGCGACCUUGGCCGCAGCGCAGCACUUUGAGCAGCUGGCGCUCUCCAGCGAGAUCCGGAAGAUGGCGAUGUCCCGGGAUGUCUCUGAGCGGCAGCACGGAUUGGUGCUGGCAGCCGCCGAGCUGAGCGGUGCCUACAAAGGGGCGGAGAAGCUGGACCUCAGCAGCACAGGUACUUUGCGGAUGACCCUCCCAGCCUCCUUCAAAGGCACUGUUUGUUUUGGAAAGGAUGACAUUGAAGUGGCCUUUGGGUGGGUGGGUGGCACCUUGCCGAGCUUGGGACAUAUAGUGCAGUUCGCUGUGCUCUCGGCCAACGCCUUGAGCAUCUCCCGAGUGAUCCUGAAGCCAUUGAAAGGCGGCGGAUUCUCGACCACUGGGAUCGAACAGCUCUGUAUGGAGGCUGUCGAGCUUCCAUUGAACAAGCCCUUGGAGUUUCAGCUCUUUAUGCCGGAGGGGUACUGGACCCAGAUCGUCGUAGGCAGUCACGUGGUCAGCAGCUCUGAACUGCCCGGUAGCGAGAAGUUGGAGACCUCAAAAUUUGUGGAGCCCUGCUGUUGGUGCUGGAGGAACAGUGGCAAGCUGGAGGUUGCUUUGAACAAAGCGCCCAACUUGGAACCGCCAUCCCCCAGGCAGGCCGGGAAGAAUCGCAACACCACGAUGUCCUAUGGCAAUGCGCCCAAGGAGCAGCUGGCAGAAGAGUUGGCUUCAUUGGUGUGUGGUGUACCUUCCAUGGCAGCAGCGCCAAGCCCCAAGCAUGCCACCAUCAUAUAUUGCGAGGAUGGGAAUGGUGGCUACUGAGAGAAACAUAGACGGAUGGUCACGGGGCUCAGUCGAAAUGCAGAAGCAAUUGAACAUAGACUGUACUUGGUAUUUGGUGUCAAGAAGCUCCAAUUUGCCUCCCCCAAGCCAUCCAAUUUGGCAUCCUUUCGAUGGACGCGAAAAAUGAUGCUUGGGGAGGGUACUCCAAGAUGUGAAAGUCGAUGCGUUUGGAUAAAUUGUGCGUCCCAGCUUGGGGAAAGAUUUUUGGAAGUCGAUGCAAAGUUGCGUCCUGCUGGUGUUUAGCAGAUAGACUUUUUCUCAGAAGAUGACUUUUCCAUGCACAUAGUGCACACCAGAAAUCCA